AUGGAGCGGACGUUGCUGACCUUAAUCUUCAUGUUCUUGGAGAUUAUAGGGUCUCUAUCUCAGGACCAAUUGAAUCCUUCUACUCCUUCGGCUGUGCCAGUCCUUCCGCCCCCACCUCCAUCGGUGUCUCCUCCCCCUCCAUUAUCCCCACCACCACCUCCUUCUCCUUCUCCAUUUCCUCUCCCUCCUUCUUAUACAUCUUUGACGCCGCCGCCAUUUCCACCGCCACCGCCACCUCUGCGGUCACCCUUCCGGCCACCACCGCCACUUGAACGGCGAAAAGACGGCCGCGGAGCGGUCAGCUCACCCACCUCCGCACAUUCUAUGCAUCCACCUCCUCAUCGUCACUCUCGACGUCCUCCGCCUCCUCACCGUAAUGGGCGGCAAACGGGUGGCCAAUCCAACGGGAAUCGUCAAAUUACAAAGACCUCCGUACAGAAGAUCAAUCUAGGGAAGAAGAUCGGAUUUUUGUUUGCUGGGAUCGCCACUAUAUUGCAAGUCGCUGUGGUGGGAUUUCUAGUUUUGAAGAGACGGCAGAUUUCAAAGAUUAAGGACAGACAUGACACUUAG